AGUAACAUUCACGCAAACGUUUUUGGUACAAAUUCCUAUAUUACAUUUUUUGUUGUCUUCGGCUUCCUUUACGCAUCAGCCCCUUUCUUAUCUUCAAGACUUCAACACCCACCACCCCCCUCUCUUCCAUUCCCGGCGGCAAGCGGUCACCAAACCUACCGGUUACCCCUCUCCUCUCUCCGAUUUCAGUUCUUGAAUCGUCAGAGCACAUCAGAUCUGCAAAGAUGAUGCACAUGACCUUCUACUGGGGCAAAAACGUGACCCUUUUGUUCGAUUUCUGGAAAACCGAUUCUUGGACCAGCUACACCCUCACCUUGCUGGCCUGUCUCAUCUUCGCCGUCUUCUACCAGUACAUGGAGGAGCGCCGCCAGCGGUUCAAGCUGAUCUCCACCCUCAGCGCCAAGAAGGGCUUCGACGGCCCCUGCUCGGUUCCGCCAUCGUCUCAGCCAAGCCCCAUCAACGCGCCGCUCCUUUACUCCCUCCCGACCUUGACCGUGGGUGGCCGCCGGUAUGCGGCGAGGUUCGCCGGGGCUGUGCUUUUCGGGGUCAACUCCGCGAUCGGGUACAUGCUGAUGCUGGCCGUCAUGUCGUUCAACGCGGGCGUGCUGAUCGCCGUCGUGGUGGGCCUCUCCGUGGGGUACCUGCUCUUCCGGAGCGGCGGCGAGGAGGACGUCGUGGUGGUGGAUAAUCCCUGCGCCUGUGCUUGAAAUUCGAUACCCUUUCCAGUCUCAAUCCCCCACCUUAAUCAAUUAUCAUCAUAUGUAUAUGUAUAUAAUGUUCUGAAUGGAUCUGAAUCAUUUUCUAAUUUUAUCUUUGGCUUUUGCAA